AGGCAGCCUGAAUGCAUUAGGUACAUUUGAUCACAUUCACAACAAAAACCUUUUGUAAAAUGUGCAAAGUAGGCCACAACCCAGACUCUUACUGGGGAGAGGUAUGCUGGACAUGAAGCCAGUCCAUAUUGGAGCUGUGGAAUGGGAUUUGUGGGACUUUAAAGUGGAUCAGUGUUUUGUUUUGUUUUCGUCUGUGCGCCCUGCCUAUUAUUAGCUACGGAGGCCUUUAGCUCCAUGAUGGGCAGAGCUGCAGCUCUGCAGCGCAUUGACAAGCUUGACAUCAGUGCACGUACUUGUGGCAUUACAGUCGGGCUUAUCGCGCCGAUCCAGAGGACGUGGACUGAUACAUCUGCGGUGGGCUGCCUAUUUCCAAGCCUCGUUCACCUUGCCUCGAAGAUGAAGUUACAUACGAGCUGCCGUCUGGUGCAAGCUGCAUCCGAUGGAGCCCUGCUUUUUAUCUCGUUCAUCGACCAGCCCACUGCAGCACUUCCUUAUGUUGUGGUCCCAGUUGACAGUUUCUGAUAUGGACUAUGAGAGGCCAAACGUUGAAACUAUCAAGUGUGUGGUGGUGGGAGACAAUGCAGUUGGAAAGACCCGCCUUAUCUGUGCCAGGGCUUGCAAUGCAACGCUGACUCAGUACCAGUUACUUGCUACACAUGUGCCCACAGUCUGGGCAAUUGACCAGUACAGAGUAUGCCAGGAGGUAUUAGAGCGCUCCAGAGACGUAGUGGAUGAUGUCAGUGUGUCCCUGCGGCUCUGGGAUACUUUUGGGGACCAUCAUAAGGACCGUCGUUUUGCAUAUGGCAGAUCUGAUGUGGUGGUACUGUGCUUCUCAAUUGCUAAUCCCAACUCUUUAUACCACGUGAAGACCAUGUGGUACCCUGAGAUCAAACACUUCUGCCCCCGUGCUCCCGUCAUCUUGGUGGGCUGUCAGCUGGACCUGCGCUACGCUGACCUGGAGGCAGUGAACAGGGCACGGCGGCCUUUAGCUAGACCUAUUAAAUCCAAUGAGAUUCUUCCUCCAGAGAGAGGCCGGGAGGUGGCCAAAGAACUGGGAGUGCCAUAUUAUGAAACCAGCGUUGUUGCUCAAUUUGGAGUCAAGGACGUCUUUGAUAAUGCUAUCCGAGCUGCGCUCAUUUCACGCCGCCACCUGCAAUUUUGGAAAUCUCACCUCAGAAAUGUUCAGCGACCUCUCCUUCAGGCGCCCUUCCUGCCACCGAAACCUCCCCCACCUAUAAUUACUGUGCCUCCUCCCCCAACUACCACAGAGGAACAUCCAGUUGGUCUUCUGGAGGACCCGCACUGUGCUGAUGUCAUCCUGGUCCUGCAGGAGCGGCAGAAAAUCUUUGCACACAAGAUUUACUUGGCCACAUCCUCCUCAAAGUUCUAUGACCUCUUUAUUAUGGACACACAAAAUGAGGAGUCUGAAAGGCCCCCUCGUGGCGGUGCUCUCUCUGGCCGAGAGCUGCUGAUGCGUGCUGCUAGUUUUGAUGUUUGUGAGAGCAGUGAUGAUGGAGACAGGGCCAACCUGAGGGCCUGCACCAGUGAUGGGACCUUGAAAGAUUUUGAGGGGGCCCGACGGGGCAGACUGCUUUCCUCAUGGAGCCGAGCUUUUGUCAGCAUCCAAGAAGAGCUGGUAGAUGACCCUAUAACAUACAGCCCCAGGCCCAUGACUGUAGUGUACAUGGACCAGUCCAUGCAGCUUGGACCUUUCCGAGCGGUACUUCGCUACCUGUACACAGGUCAGCUAGACGAGAAUGAGAAAGACCUAAUGCACAUUGCACACAUUGCUGAGCUGCUGGAGGUUUUUGACCUGCGGAUGAUGGUGGCAAACAUACUUAACAAUGAAGCCUUCAUGAACCAAGAAAUCACCAAAGCCUUUCACGUACGGCGCACAAACAGAUUCAAAGAGUGUCUGGCCAAAGGCACCUUCUCUGAUGUAAUAUUCAAGCUAGAUGAUGGGAUGAUCAGGGCGCACAAGCCUUUGCUCAUCUCUAGUUGUGACUGGAUGGCGGCGAUGUUUGGCGGGCCUUUUGUGGAAAGCUGUACCAAAGAGGUACUGUUUCCCAACACAACUCGCAGCUGUAUGAGGGCUGUGCUCGAAUAUCUCUACACCGGGCGGUUUUGUUCUCGGCCUGACCUUGAUGCAAUGGAGCUUAUUGUUCUUGCCAAUCGUCUUUGUCUCCCCCACCUGGUUGCACUUACAGAGCUCUACACAGUAACAGUAUUGAUGGAGGCAGCGAUGAUGGGGGCUGACAUUGAUGGAGAUGUGCUUGUGUACUUGGAUAUGGCCCAGUUCCACGGGGCCCAGCAGCUCAGUGGCUGGUGUCUUCACCACAUCUGCACCAACUACAACAGUGUCUGCCGCAAGUUUCCCCGAGACAUGAAGGCCAAGUCCACAGAGAAUCAAGAAUACUUUGAGAAACAUCGCUGGCCACCUGUGUGGUACCUGAAAGAGGAUGACCACUACCAAAGAGCACGUAAAGAGCGUGACAAGGAGGACUACCUGUACCAGAGACGGCAAUGCAAACGCAAGUGGCUUUUCUGGAACCUUCCUUCCUCCCACAACUCGAACUCUCCUUCUUCUGGCUCAUCUGCUGUCAUCUGAUCAAGUGGUAAGGCCAGGUCCACCGUGGAGAACAUCAGUGUGGACGCAAGUUGUAAAACAUACAAUAGAAGAUAAGUCCUGCUGGCUAGCUAUGCCCCUGUUAUUUGGGCACACAGUUUCUCCUUCUGUUUGUUAGGACUCUGCUGCCACAGAAUUUCCAAGAUAUCCAAGCGCUGCUUAUCAGCUGCAACAACCAGCAAUUCAAUACAAGAGAGUCUCAGAGAUAUAACACUUUGCCCUUAAGUGUUUGUACAAUCUACCAAACUAUGUGUACAGUAUGAUCUUAUCAACAGGAUGUAACAAUAAUAUAGCCUGCUAAGAAUCAAGUCAUUCACUCUAACCAUGCAGAUUAUGAUUGUGUAUGCAUACAUGGAAAAUACUGGCAAGUUUAUUUUUGUAUAAUCAUUCUAUUUUUGAAUGUUUGUGUACGGCUUGCACAGCUAAAAGUGAUGUGAGUCGGGACACACUCAGCAUUUACAUCAUGUGAUUUGUGGCCUCUUGUCACAAAAGGGCUUUAGUUUACAUGAAUGCAUUCAGUGUCCUGAGACACAGGAGAUCCAAAACAAAGGAAAAUAUCUGUAUUUUCUGUAAAAUGCCAGCAAAAACGAAACAGAUCACUAUUGUUUCCUGUCGGUCGCUUGAUGAGUGAGCACACGUGUUUCCUGAGUCCAUUAGCCUUACACUGAAUGGUCCCAUCAGUUGGAUCACUGUCACCCUGGACAGCAACAGAACCAUUAUCAGAGCUAAAGUGACCACAUGUACAUUACCAUCACUCUGUGAACGUGUGCUUGACGUAUCUGUCACUGGUGGUGAUACAGCCUUUAGAGAUUGGUUUUAGCUGAGCAGCAGAUGCCCCCCACCCGAUCAUCUGCAGUUGACUAUGUAGGAACUGACCACACAGGAGGCGUCCUCAUGCCUGGGUGAAGUCAUCCAUCCCCUUGUACACACCCCCAGCACUCCCUGGACUCCUCUCCACAGAGACACACACUGAAACCUCCAGUAGCAGCAUCCCGGUGUGUGACACUGAAGACAGUGUGGUGUUGUGACACAAUGCAGCAAACUAAGAAAAAACAGAACUGGGGGAGAAAUGUUUUUAAAUAUUGUGAAGAGGUUUAACUCAAAUGAUGUUUUUAUUUGUUUUGCACACUUCACAGUAUCUGUUCAAGAUUGCCAUCUGCUGUUGUGUUUGAUUGUAGGAUGGACUGCAGCAUUGUUUGGAUUUGUAAGCGUGGUCCUCAGUGAAGACGGGCUGGAUUGUAAAUUGUACAAAAUUAACUGCGAGUAACUUGCAUCACUCCACUUUGCGGUUACUUAUUGUGUGCUGCAGGCAGUGAGUAGAAUUGUACAGUAUUACUGAGUAAUACAUACACAGAAUAUCGAGCUGACUUAUCAGACUUGCAUUUAGUUACUGUGCAGCUAUAAACUGUUGUUGAACCGAAUACUCAUUGUGCUGACCUCCAGCUAACUCUGUCAUAUACUGUAGUGUACAUACAUGCAAAUUAAAGACAGUUCAAAUGAACAGUUGACUGAUAGUAGAGUAGAAUUACAGUGCAAAAUAGACACAUUUAUAUAAAUGGCAUUAUAAAGAUUCAUCAUCCAUAAAACACCAUUGUUAUUAAAAGAGUAAAUUAUGAGUGCUGCAUUUGCUUUUGCAGCAUACUGUGUGUUUAGGAAAGGGUUGCUUUAGUCCUGCAUAUUAUUGGUUAUACAAAUUCCAUACAGUAGUUUACUAGAUAGAGCCCAACAAAGAUCUUAAAAUGGUUAAGUGAGAUGAAUCAAUUCAGUGGCAAAACUAAUUUCUUGUUUGUAUUAACUUCUGACCCAAUAUCUACACUGCAUGAAGAGGGCUUGCCAAGAUAGAUGAAGUUUAUUCAUCAUAAUUGAAAGUAUAAUAUAUAGAUACAAAAUGUAGUGCUGGUGCUCUAAGCAGUAGCUUCAAAUUGUUCUUAAUUAUUACAUUAACUGUCUAUUGCUAAUUAAACCUAGGAGCUGUCAUUUUGAAUAUCGUAACUGUUCAAAUCUUUUGGCGUGCAUGGUCAGACAUUAGGCAGAGGGAUGUGCCUCCAGCACCUUUUAGAGCCAGCUUCAUUCUUCUUUCUCCUUCUUCUUUCUUUCUUUCUAAUUCCAAAUACUUUAAUUUAAUAACCCUUUGAAUAAUAAUGUGCAGUUUUCACACACACAAUACAGUUUAUCAUCAGUUUACCAGCAGUUGGGUCUGUAUUGUUAUAAUUUGCCUUGGUGGUGUGACCGGUAGAGUUCAUAGACGUGCAUUUCAUUCCUCAGUGCAUUGCAUUUUACAAGGCAUCUUCAGCUGAUGUUUGCAUUAACAACACCUCAUGCCUUAAUAUACAGCGUAGUGUCUGGUAACAAAGGUAAAGUCUUGUUAUUGUGGUUACUAGUUUGUUUGUUCUAUGUUAAGUUACCAUGGUGCUCCCUAGACUGUGUGUAUUUGUACAUAAUGUGCAUAACCCAUAUGGAUGUAAAACAACCAGUCUGUGUGUGACUUGAACAGUCCAAUGAGUGUGUUUCAGUCUGAGCCCUGCAUAGGGCCUAUGGUCCGAAACACAAAACACAGAGACUCUGACCAUCAAGGCCACACCAGACUAACACAAUGACAGAUCAUCAAUUUGUGACAUUAACCAUUAAAUGAAUGCAGGGAUUUCCAAUUAGUUUCGUCGUUUUAAAUCUGCUUUAUGCUAACGAGAUCUAAUUCUGGAGUCUGCAUAAUUAAAAAAAAAAUGCUGAGAUACAGUAGUGUUAUCAUUGGAACUUAGGUUGUAACUCAAACAUGUAAAUAAUAAAGUGUGUGAUGACUUGCAAUUCAAACGUGGCAUAGCAAUUGAUACAAGGUACUGCAUAGAUUAAUGUAGAUACUGUUUUUGUACUAUGCAUACUGAAAUGUUUGACUUUGAAGCUACAAACUUGCACUGCUUUGUAGCACCAGGUUUUAAUCAAAUUGCAUCAAAGACUAUUGCAACAUUGUUAGAUAAGUAGACAACAUCAGGUAAAAAAAAAAAAAA